AUGUUACUUAAGAGUACUAUUACAAAGGAUUUGAACAAUCGAUUGUUCUAUUGGACAUCAUCAACUGUGACUCAACAACUUCAAAAUGAUAAUGGUGCAUCAGCGGAUAAUACUACUACAUCGACGACUACAACGACAACUACGACAAACACACCAUCAUCAGAUGUGAUAACAACAAUAUAUAAUACAGCUAUACCAUUGAUAGCAACACCUACUACAAAGAUGGGUGGAUAUCAAUUCUUUAGAGAUGUGCUCAAGUCACCUAAACAUAUUGUGGCACCAAUGAUUGAUCACACCUUCUUGGCAUUCAGAAUGCUCUGUCGAAAGUACAAUGCAGACCUAGUCUACACACCAAUGUUUCACAGCAAGAACUAUGCCAAUGAUGCCACCUAUCGUCUUGAGAACUUUGAGAUCUGCAAAGAGGAUCGUCCAUUAGUAGUGCAGUUCUGUGGCAAUGAAGUGGAGCACAUUGUAAAGGCAGCAUUGAUGGUCGAGAGUCAAUGUGAUGCAGUUGAUAUCAACUUGGGAUGCCCUCAGAUUGUGGCGAAAAAGGGACAUUAUGGUGCAUUCUUGUUGGAGCAACCAGAGAUUGUAUUGCCAAUGGUCAGAGAACUACAUAAGAGAUUGAGUAUACCAGUGUUUUGUAAGAUACGUCUAUUGCCAAAUCUUGAAGAUACAAUCAAGUUGGCACUUCAAUUACAAGAGGCUGGAUGUCAAUUGCUCACCGUUCAUGGUCGCACCAAAGAGCAAAAGGGCAAACUAUCAGGUGUUGCCAAUUGGAAGGCAAUCAAAGCUGUUAAGGAUGCAUUAUCAAUUCCAGUGAUUGCCAAUGGAAGUGUUUUGGAAUAUGAUGAUAUUGAUGAAUGUUUGAAGGAGACUACUGCUGAUGGUGUGAUGUCUGCUGAGGGUAUAUUGGCGAAUCCAGCCAUGUUUUCUGGAAAGAACAUACCAGUCACACAGAUAUGUCACGACUUCCUUGACAUGUGCGAACAAUAUCCAACACAACAUUGGAUAAUCAGAUCUCAUUUCUUCAAGUUAUUACGCAAAGAUUGUGAGGUGUAUGAAGACCUUAGAUCAAAGUUGAACAAUGUAUUUACAGUGGCAGAGUUUAGAGGAGUGUUGGUAGAGCUUGAGCAAAGACAUCGCGAAGGUGUACCUGCAAUCAAACAGAUGACCAACAAGGAGAAGAGAGAACUAUUAGCAAAACAGAAACUUUUGGAACAAGAGGCAAUUGCUGCUGCUGCUGCGGCUGCCUCUGUAUCAUCCACCGACUCUUCGUCAACCAACACACAUCAGGCC